AAGAUAAUGAUAAAGACCCAAUAGAAUGGAUUGAAGCCUUUACUAGAGCAUGUGUUGGUAAUAAUGUAAAUGAAACUAGAAGGCUAGCAAUUAUACCAAAUUUUCUUAAAGGAAAUGUUCUUUCUUGGUAUAAUCAAAACAAAGAUAGUUUUCAAGUUUGGAAAAGCAAUAUCUAUCCUACUCAUGCAUUUACAAAUCUAUUUAAACAAAAAUUCU